AUGGAGCACAUCCAAGCGUACGACCUCUCCGUCUUCCCAUACUCCAACGAAAAUCAUGGCGGAAACCCAACCACAAUCUUCCUCGGCGCAAACGACCUAACCUCAGAAGAAAUGAAGGCCCUUGCCAAAAAGGCCGGCCACGAAUGCGGCUUCGUAUUCCCAGCUGCUUCAUCCCCAGCUCCAACCCACUACACAAUGCGCUACUUUGUCCCAAACCACGAAAUGGAAAUGUGCGGCCACGCCACCGUCGGCGCCAUCUGGCUUCUACACCAACUAGGCAAACUAACCACUCACCUUCCCAACGAUCUCAUCCGCAUAUCCACCUUAUCAGGCAUCGUCGACGCAAAGAUUCUCCCCAGCGCCUCCGAAUCUCUACAAUCCAGCACCAUCCUCAUAUCCCAACCCAAAGGCACAACCCAAGACCUACAUCCCGCCCACACCCCCUCGAUCCUCUCCAGCCUCGGCCUCACCCAGACCGACCUCGCAAGAGGCCUCUCAAUCCAGAACGCGCGCACCUCACGCACAAAAACCCUCAUCCCGCUGAAAAGCCGCGAGAUCCUGCAAAACCUGCGCCCGGACCCGGAAGCCAUCGUGCGCGUGUGCGAGAGCGUCGACUCAACGGGUUUGUAUCCGUACGUUGUACUCGAUGCCGCGGAGCAGCUUCUCGAGGCAAGACAGUUUCCCAGAUCGGCAGGGUACGUUGAGGAUCCGGCGACGGGGAUUGCGGCCGCGGCUUUGGUGUUCGGGCUCGUCGGGAGUGGGAGUGGGAUCGUCGCGGAGAAACCUGUUCGUGUGAGACAAGGGUGGGCUAUGGGGAAGGCAUCGGAGAUUCGGGUCUGUCUUAGACAGGGUGGGGAGGGGGAGGGGGUGGUGGGGUGCUGGAUAACUGGGCAGGUGCGAUGGCGAUCAGGUUGA